CUGUCUUACAGACCUAUUUAUCCUUACGAAAACUGUCGUUAAAAUAAAAACUGUCAAUUUUCUCGUGAACUUUGAAUCGGCUUAGUUGGUGAGCACGUUUCUUUAGAUUUUUUUUGUGAGUAGUAAACUUGCCCUGAAUCGCGAUGCAUGCUCACCACUCGGAGAAGGAGCGCGUUGUCUACGGCGUGUGGGACAAUCCGGGUGUCUCGAUCUUUGCCACCGCGGCCCAGGAGCCCGUUCCCAACAUGCUUUCCCACCUUAAGCCCCUGCCCAAAGGCGACGACUGUGACCUGGACAAGGAUGCCUGCCGCCUGAUGUCGCAGUCCUCGGUGGCGGAGAACUCGCUGUUCCGGCUGGUCAAGUUCCAGGUGGAGGAAGUGGCCGCCGAGCGCAACAACAAUAAGCAUCCUCGCCAGAGUCAGGAACGAACCGAUAGCGACAUUACCCUCGGACUGGCGAGCGAACUGGCCCGCCAGCAGGUAGAGGCCAGCAGAUGCCUUCAACUGCACCGCAAUGUGCCCAGUUUGAGGGAUCUCGAGAUGGAGGUGGCCCGGGCUCACACCGCCCUGUCGGUGAAGACCAAAAUCAUGACCAAUGUCAAGCAAACGCUGGAGGAUCGGCAGCGGGAACGGGUCGAGGCUCUGGCGCAGCAGCGUGCUGUCGAACAGGAGCAGCUGGAGGAGAAGAGGAGAAGGGUGCAGAAGGCGGCUGCCUUUCGCCGGGACCUAAUGACCCAGAUCUCAGAGGCACGGACCCAGCGCCUGAAGAAUCAGCAGCAGGCCAUCGAGGCGGGGCGCCUGGAGCUGCGCGAAUGCAGGACCAAGAUUGAGCAGGAUAACCUCAAGGAGGCAAUCAACAAGAGGGAGCAGCGCAAGGUGCUCCUCGAGUCCCUGGACCAAUCGGCAGCCAUGCUGAGGCAGACUCGCGAGGCCUACUCCCAGGCCCAGAGGAAUAAGCCCGAAAGAGGAAUCCUAGACGCCCUGGGACCCGUAACGGCGGCCUAUGUGUCCAAAACGAGGAAGCGACACCUGGCCGCAAUCGAGGCGAGGGACAUAAACGCCGCUCGACUGGGCUUCCAGCUCAGCCAGAUCAGGCACGAUCUGGAGUCCCGCGACCAGCUGAUCACCAAUCUUCUGAUCCGCGAAUUCAAGGCCAAGGAGAACGCCAUGGUUCUGGAGCAGGCCAGGACCAAAAUGGCCAGGAAGGUUGAGAUCCGCGAACAGCUGCUAAGCCAGCGCGAGGAGCAGAAGUUCUUCCGGGACAAGGCCGUGCAGGAUGCCCUCUUCAAGCCGAAGGAUCCCAUGUGCUUCGGGGAGCGACAGUACCGAAUGCAGGUGGCCCAGCGUGAGAACACCCGGAAUCUGGACGUUCAGUGCUACAAGGACAUGGCCGAUAUGGUAGUGGAGGGCAAGCGGCGCAGGAUUGCCGCCGCACAGGAAGUGCGCGACAUCGUCCAGGCGGUGGACGAUGUACAGACUCGCCAGGACGAGUUCGUGGCCUCGGAGCGGAUGAAGCUGCUCUCCAAGCAGCCGGCCGAAGUCCUCUCCGCACUCAAGAAAUCCAUCCUCACCGAGGAGGAGAUCAAGACCUUUAAUCUAAAGAAGUGAUCAGUUUACCAAAUACAAAUUCCUUUACAUUGG